AUGGCACACUUCAUUCUAUCCAUCUGGCUGCUGGUGGCCAGUCUGAGUCCUCGUUCCUGUGGCCAAGGGGCACCUGACAAAGAAAGUCCUCCAACACCAGUGACCACAGCGGCCUCCUCAGUCUUCCUGAACAACUGGCGCUUUGCCUUCAGCCUGUACAUGCAGUUGGUGAUCCCCAACCCAGGCAGAAAUGUGCUCUUCUCUCCGCUCACUUUCUCUAUUCCCCUCACACUGCUGGCCUUACAGACCAAGCCAGAAGCUUGCAAGCAGAUCCUCCAGGGUCUUGGGUUCAACCUCACCAAGAUCCCCACUGACCAGGCUCACAUGCUGUAUGGGCAGUUCCUGAAAGCCCUCCUGCCACCCCACGGAGCAUGCCAGACAGACACAGGCAGCGUGCUGUUUGUGAACCACAGGCGAGACCUGGCACCAAAGUUCGUUCAGACAGCCCGGAGCCUGUUCCACACUGAGGUCCUCCUGGCCUCCCUGGAGAACUCUCAGACAGCCAGGCAACAGAUGGACUCCAUCAUGCGGGAGAAAACCCACGGCAAAAUCAGGAAUCUUCUGCAAGACUUGGAGCCACACUCUGCCUUGAUCCUGGCCAAUUAUAUUUUGUUUAAAGGGAAAUGGAAAUACCAUUUUGACACAAAGCUCACCGAGAUCAGACCAUUCUCAGUAAGCGAGGGGCUCACGGUCCAAGUGCCCACCAUGCAGCGACUGGGCUGGUUCCACAUCCAGCAUUUCUCCCGCCUACGUAGCCACGUCCUCCAGCUCCCCUAUGCCUGCAACCUCACUGCAGUCCUCAUUCUCCCUGAUGUGGGGAGGGCCAAGGAGGCCGAAGAGGCAAUAAUGGAGGAGAGCUUUGAAACAUGGACUCAGCCUUUACCCCUGAGUAGCAGGAGGAGGCUGUAUUUCCCCAAACUCUCCCUUCAUGAGAGUACUCAACUGGACGAGCUUGUGCUACCCGCCAGCAGCUUGGAUAUAUUCAGUUACGAUACAGACCUCUCAGGAAUUUCCCUGCAAACCACAUCCAUGAAGGUCUCCAAGGCAGUGCACAAGGUGGAGCUGACUAUGAGCGAAGACGGGGAAGAAAAGGAAGACAUCACUGACCUCCGGGGCCUCCCGAGGCAACUCAUCACUGCUCUCCACUUCAAUAGGCCCUUCCUGCUACUGAUUAUUGAGGAAAGUAGCCACAACCUGCUCUUCAUGGGGAAAGUGGUGAAUCCUAAUGCAGUGUCAUAG